GGGUUUGGGGCUGGGACUGCAGUGCUGGAAGCUCAUUGAGAGCAGCCGCUGGUGGAGGCGGGGCUCUGGCCAGUUCCCCUUCCACCUUCCCCCACCCUCCUCGUCCAACCUCAGUUUGGCCCCUAGCUUGGUUCCAGCCGUUGCUGCAGCUGUUUCCCAGCCCUUUUCAAGACUCCAGCGACCGACCAGAAGCCCUUGUUUCCAGGAUGGUGAUCCGUGUAUACAUUGCAUCUUCUUCUGGCUCUACGGCGAUUAAGAAGAAACAGCAAGAUGUGCUUGGUUUCUUAGAAGCCAACAAAAUAGGAUUUGAAGAAAAAGAUAUUGCCGCUAAUGAAGAGAAUCGGAAAUGGAUGAGAGAAAAUGUACCUGAAGACAGUCGACCAGCCACAGGGUACCCCCUGCCACCUCAGAUUUUCAAUGAAAGCCAGUACCGUGGGGAUUAUGAUGCCUUCUUUGAAGCCCGAGAAAAUAAUGCAGUUUAUGCCUUUUUAGGCUUGACAGCACCACCUGGUUCAAAGGAAGCAGAAGCCCAGGCAAAGCAGCAAGCAUGAAUGUUCCGAGUUCUUCCUUCAGCAUCUUGAAAUUUAAAGAAAUCUCCAUUGCUUUUAUAGAAAUCCUUGCUUCAAAAGAAAUAGGCUUACAUGUUGAAAUAAUAGAUUAAUUGAUGUUCUCGCAUGCAAACAAGCAUAAUGAAAAUGUGAAAAUGGUGGUAAGAAAUGAGAGACGAAGUUAAAACUUUAUGUAGAAUAGCAUUGUUAUCUGCCAAGGCAUUUCUGUUCUGUAAGGAUUUUACAAAAAACCAAUAUGCUCCUGCUUUUAUAUUACUGUGUAGCAUAAGGAUAUCUUCAUUUCAACUUUGAGGAAUUGAAAGAGGAGAGAGAGAGAGAGUGAGAGAGAGAGGGGGAGAGGGAGAGGGAGAGGGAGAGGGAGAGGAAGAGGGAGAGGGAGAGGGAGAGGGAGAGGGAGAGGAGAGACUCAUAUUCCAAAAAUGCCUCAUUGUGAACAUGAAUAUUUUCAUGUGAUGUUACUGUUGUUGAAAUGUAUUUACAGGUUAUGUUCAUGAUGUGUUAAUCAUUGCAAUUUCUUAAGGUGAUUGUGACAUUCUCCUUCUUUUAUCAAAGAAACAUUGAAUGCCCUGAACCACAAGUUUUCCAGGCUUCUAAAUGUAACUUUUCAUUGCGCAGCCAAUUUUCAAAAUAGUUGACUUCCCAUAAGACAAGCAUUGAGUGCAUUCAGCUGACAAAUUCCUCAAUUAUGCAUGCAGUUAUAAUCAUGUUUCUAAGUUGCUUUUCUCAAUAAAAUGUGGAUAUAUAAGUAAUGGCAAAAAGAUUGCAGUUCAUUUUAAAUUGGCCCUCCCUUGCAAAGAACACAGACUUUUAAUUAACCCAGUAUUAAUACAGUAUCUUGCCCCUCUUUGUUUAAGUUUUUUUUUUCUGGUGUUUGCUGAAAGAAGUAGCAGUGGCUCUUGUCUCCUGCUUUAACACUGUUGGGAAUCCUGAAUGAUACUGUUCUUAAUAGGUAAGCUUUUAGUUUUCAGUUUAGGCAGACUGUAUCAACAUAUCCAUUCAAGUACAAAGAAUCACUAAGCACAUCUUUAUCUUCUGAGAAAGUCAAGUAUCAAAGAAAAGCAACAUCUUUUGAAAUAGUUUGAAGAUAAGCAAGACGCAAAGCAUUCAACCAGAAAAUGUUGAUAUUGUACCUUUGUCUCAUACUUGAUUUUUUUUUAAAAAAACACCUUUUACUACAAAGUACUAUUAUCAUAUAUCUGCUGUUUGCUAGACUGUACUCAGCAAAACUUCAACAUAUAAUGAAGCCAUAGCUUUGUUUACUGAAACUCCAACGUGAAGUUAUGCUUUAAAAUAAAUGUUUUUAAAAUUUGUCA